ACAUCUUUCCCACCGUUCCUUCGAGAAAGUCGCGUUUUUUCAUUCUCUCUUAAGCCCCUCCGACUAAAAAUCGCUUCUUUCUGUAGAUCUCUUUGAAGUUAACCAAUGGCGGGUAGAGGCAAAACCUUGGGAUCUGGAGCCGCAAAGAAGGCCACCUCGCGGAGUAGUAAGGCUGGUUUGCAAUUCCCCGUCGGACGUAUCGCUCGGUUCUUAAAAGCCGGCAAGUACGCUGAGCGGGUUGGUGCUGGUGCUCCAGUGUACCUCGCCGCCGUGCUUGAAUAUCUUGCAGCUGAGGUUUUGGAAUUGGCUGGUAACGCAGCAAGAGACAACAAGAAGACAAGAAUCGUUCCUCGCCAUAUUCAACUCGCGGUCAGAAAUGACGAAGAGCUGAGCAAGCUCCUUGGAGAUGUGACAAUCGCCAACGGUGGUGUCAUGCCCAACAUUCACAACCUUCUUCUCCCAAAGAAGACCGGAGCUUCAUCGAAGGCUUCAGGUGCUGAUGAAGAUUCUUAAACAUCGAACGAUUAAGACCAAACAAAAAAAAUGUGGAAGACAAAAAUGAGUUUCACGGUCUUCCUGGGUUCCACUAUGUCAAUUGUGACGAUGAUUUAGCACUCAUUUUGCAUUAUGUUCCUUUAGGGUCAGUUUGUAGUCUCUUCUGUUUGUGGAAUUUUAAUUUAGUAGUUAGUUUUAUAGGGGUAAUUCAGUUAGUGAUUGUGAAUAUGAUUCUCUUUCAAUGUUAGUUCACAAUAUUUUUUUUCCUUCUUAUUUUGACCGUUUGUUACUUUCUGUUUACAUUCUGAGCAUCUGAGCAAAUGGGGUUUAGAUUGUACUUAAUGAGAAUGCUGAAAACGUUUUGAGCAA